UACAUUUGCUAAUGUGAGCCUGUUUUGGAUUAAGUGUUAUCUAUGUCUAUAGAGUGAACGCGUUUACCCCUUGUUGGGACGGUCCCUGGGUAUGCAGCAUUCCUGACACGACUGGUUUUGUUUGGGGCAUUUUCAAAUUCCACGUAGCGAUUGGCGACAACUUCUUCAGCCUUAAAUCCAUUCCCGCUAUCCUUUUGCUCGGGUCCAAUGGAAAAGUCUCAGUGCCAGAAAUCAUCAUGAUGCUGCUAUUCAACCUCCAAACACUUCUGGCGAUCAUCCUUAUUUCCAAUCUCCCGGUCCAAUGCAGCGCACUACUCGCACAGCGUGGAUUUUGUGCUACGGCAGGGCCUGAUGGGUCACUCAGGGCAGAGCACAGGAGGUUAAAUGACUUAGAGUCUCAGCAUGAGACUGCACAUGAGGAUAACCGGGAGGCAGUCAGCUCAAUUGAAAUCGAAACAUGGUUCCAUAUCGUAAGCAGCAACGGAGCGGCAAACACGGUAUCAGACGAAAUGAUAACUAGCCAGCUAUCGUAUCUUCAGAAAGCGUACCAAAGUGCCACUAUAUCAUAUCGACUGGAGGGUGUCACUCGCCAGGUUAACGAUUCGUGGGCGCGCAAUGAUGAUGAGCUAGGAAUGAAGAAUGCUCUACGAAGGGGAAACUACAGCACUCUGAAUGUCUAUUUCCAAACAGACCUCCAGGAGUCAUCGGAUGGUGCCUCCCGGGCUACUCGCGAGGUUGACAAUGCACGGACAGAUGUAUCGGACCAGUCGUCGAAUGUCCUUGGCUUUUGUACUUUGCCUGAUCCGAGUGUGAAUGCCAGCAGUCCUCGCUCUAGCUACAUUAAGGAUGGCUGUAAUGUCCUCGCGGAGACUAUGCCUGGUGGUAGUUUAACGCAAUAUAACCAAGGUGGCACCGCGGUUCAUGAGAUUGGCCAUUGGAAUGGGCUGCUGCAUACAUUCGAGGGUGAAUCAUGCUCUGCUGAUAAUGAGGGUGAUUAUAUUGAUGACACACCCGAGCAAUCUGAACCAACAAACGGGUGUCCUGCUGAGAAAGACUCCUGCCCGGAUCUUCCUGGCCUUGAUGCAAUACAUAACUUCAUGGAUUAUUCAUCUGAUGACUGUUAUGAAAACUUCACGCCUGAUCAAGCUCAGAGGAUGAGGAGUAUGUGGUUUGCUAUGCGAGAAGGGAAGUGAGGUCCUAUGUGUUAUUUAUGUUUAUGCACAUAUAUGCUGUUAUCAGAUAGGUGGAAACAAACACAACAAGAAUCGGCCGUAGAACAAUCAUCCGUCGACGUU